GACGUUUUUGUUUAAAACUUAAAUGGACCACACCUGGGAAGCGGCAUCUAGACGUCAUGGACUUACUAGAGGAUUAAAUACAUACAGGCUGUGGCACCUGUAAACAGUAAACAUGCAGCGGCGUAGACGCAUUAAUCCAAAGGAUGAUGCAAGAUUUUAUGUUACUGCUGAAAGUGACAAAGUGGGACUUGACAUCAAGUACAUCAAUGCUGUAAAAGGCCGUGGCAUCUUCACCUCUGUUCCAUUUGAAAAGGGAGACUUUCUAUUGGAAUACAGAGGUGAUCUAAUAAGCAAGCAAGAAUGUGAGAGGAGACGGAGCAUUUACCAUGACCUCCUCAAAGUGUUUAUGUUCGAGUUCCAUUUUAAUGGAAAACUGUGGUGUGUUGAUGCAGCAACAGAGAAUGGGUCACUUGGCAGACUUGUAAAUGACGACCAUAUGAACCCUAAUGCCAAGAUGAAGUACCUCACUGUACAAGGGAAGCCCCAUCUCUGUUUGUUUGCAGUUCGAGACAUAAGUCCAGGAGAGGAGAUCACCUAUAAUUAUGGUGACUCAGACUGGCCGUGGAGAUGCAAGGUGGUCGAAAUUUGACAUUUUGAAAUUGAUAGUUCUCAUAUAAGAAAUGCUUUAACCAUAGAACAUUUCACAUACCAAAAUACUGUACAUUUUCCAUCUAGCUCCAGGUAGAACAUGAUUUUUAUAGCUUUUGUUAGCAGUUUGUUAGCACCAUCAGUCCCCAUACCACCUACCCAGCACACCAUAGCAAAGAUGAUACUGACCAUUACAGACUGGUAGAAU